CUAUCACGUCAGCUGCCACCCUCGAUAUCGUCCAUCAAGACUCUGCGCAUGCUUGCAACAGUGGCAACUGUGCGGCUGUUGACGACCGUCGUGAGCGUGAAAAACAGCACCACGCAUGUAGUCUCCUUAUAACCGUUCAUUCUUUCAUCGAGCAGGCCUCAUCUCUGUACCACCAUGCGUCUCAUCCCAACCGUCACUCUUUUCGUGGGCAUUGCCGGCGUCGCUGCCGCCCCGGCCAAGUGCAAGCAGCCCCCCACUGGCACUUCUAAUGCGACUGCCGCGGGCGGCAGCGCCAGUGCCAGCGCCAGUGCCAUUGCAAGCACUGCCGCCAUUCCCAGCGUCGCCACUGCUGCUGGCAGCGAGGUCACCGCUUCCCUUGACGCCAACGUUGCGCUCGCGAACUCAUCCUCGAAUGUGACGGCGCAGCUUCCGACCACGGGCGAUGCCACCGCCCCCGUCCCCGUCCCGGCGCCAGAGGCCAGCGCCACGGCAGGAGCCAACACCACCGCCAACUCAACCUCAGAGGUGCCUACCUCUAAUGCCAACACCGGUGGUUCCGGCUCUGGCCCGCUCUUCGACGUCUCCCAGUCCAUUGUGGACCGCGGCAAGGUCCUCGCCUCCAUGUCGGAGGCCGACAUCUUCGCUGCCGUUGGCCAGCCCAACCUCGUCGGCGACUCGCAGUACCACCCCCUCCUGCGCGAGGCGCUCGCGAACACCACGCGUCUGUCAGUCAUGCACGCGCAGCAGGUGCGCGACGUGAUCGGUUGGAAAGUGCCCAUCAGCACUGUCACCGACGCAUCAGCCUCGGUUUACUCGGCCGGCGAGGUCGUGUUCCUCCACAGCAUGAUCGAGACCACGUCAGAGACGGUUGUCGCACACGAGCUCGCGCACGCCGUCUUCGACCACCAGGGCUUCCUCACCCCCACGGCAGACGCCGUGCAGAAGGCUGGGAUGGACGAGGCGACGUACGGCGACGUGGCGUCGACGAUUAACGAGGCGUUCGCGACCAUCUGGGCCGAACGAGCGGCGAUCUUCAAGCACCCGGACUGGUACAACAGCACGGUGUGGAACGAGAAGGUGCAGCACUCGACGGCGUCCGCGCUCGACUGGAUUCUCGCCGGCGAAGACCAGACCACGCAGGCGUGGCACUCGAGCCUGGGGCUCAGCAAGGCGACUACCGACAAGAAGGCAGAGAUCGUCAGCAUGGCCGACGGCAUCAUCUUCCCUAAGCUUGCACAGCUCUACUCGCUGGACCAGCCGCGCGGCGAGGUCCCCGCCUACCUUGACGAGGAGUAGGCGGAGGGGAUCGAGUCGUGGCGCGGCGCGGCGCUGGUCGCUGCCUGCGUUAUUUGUAGCUUUAUAGCCC